GUACGCGCAUGUAAUAAUGUGCGACAGUAUACGUAACAGUGGAAGACCAGUGCAAACCAGCCUUGGAAUCUCGACUCCGAUGUCUCGACUGGUCGUUUAAAAUUCAGGUAAGGAUGGACGUGACUUUACGAUCCUGUUUCCAAAACAUGUUUCUACACGUCUUCUUACAGGGUUAUUCUACGUUACGUUACCAUAUCGUGAUGUGCGUUCACCGAUAGAGUACGUGUGCGUGCAGUCAUCUCGUAUAACGAGCGAUCUCCAAUUCGGACUUUCAUUUAUUUUUCAUGAAUAAAUCACGUCCAUCGGUUUUUCGUGCGGCCUAGCAUCAUCCCCGAAUCUUUUCGCGCUUGGCAGACUCAUCAAAAAAUUUCAGUGCGGGAGUACAAGAGAUAGCUCGUUAAUUCAAUUAAACUUAAGUGCCGGUGGAAAUUCGCUGGAAAACGCAUUCGCACGCGACUGAGCGAAAAGUGCGGUCGAGUGUUAAGCGUGUAGAGUAUUCGCGUUCUCCAUCGAAGUUUCAAAUACUUCAUUGGGAAAGAUGAGAGAGAAAAGCACUUUAACAUGUACAUUCGAAUCGCAGGAGGAACGGAGGUACGACGUGUUGCAUGCCUCAUCAAAGAUUUUCAAAUCACACAGAUAUUUGUACCUUCGACGUGAAAAUCGAUCUAAUCGUUCGAAACUUGAGACCCCCCGCACUCAAGACCUUUCGUUGGUUCAUUUUGUAGCUACAGACCUGUCUUGCGUUGAUGCGGUUGUUGCGCAGGCUCGCAUCGAUCUUGCUUUUGCUCAGCUGAUACAUCUACUGCUGCAUUUCGUAGUUGUGCUCCGCUUAAAAUGCGUGUUAGAAACACGUAACAGGAAUGUUUUUCCGACAUUUAAGUGUAAGCUUUGCAGUGUGCAAUUAUCUCGAUAUCGGUGCAAUAUUCGUAUGAUAUUCGAUAAUUCUUCCUUCCCCUAGAAAAAUAUAUUUACGCAUGCGUUUUUCAACUCGUGUCAAGAACUGAACUCAACGUUAUCCUUAUAGUUGAAGCGGUGCACCAAAUCGCGCAGGAUGUAGCCAAUAACGCCGACAUGGCGUGGAAUUUCUCGACACACGCUGGUCGAGAGGUACACAAAGAAGUACGGUCGUAGAUGGUGAAAAACGGACGGCAUGUCUUCCGAAGAAAAACCAUGAGAGCUUCCUCGCCCUCGUCCAGCACGAGUUCCGUGUACACCAGCGCCGACGAUGCACGCCGGUGCACCGGCUACGAGAGGAGCCAGUUCCUCGACUUGGAGGAUGUCGGGACCGCCUGGCUCCUCGGCACGCAUUCCUCGCAUGAUAGAUCGAAACGAGUACUCGAGAGAUUAAAAAUAGACAAAUCACGAUUUCGCGUGCAACAUGUGAUUAUAAUCGGCGCCGUUGUAGCCGCACUGAUAAUCGCUGUAGUCAUCAGUCUGAGUGCGUACGCACGUAGCAGCACGUCGGACUCGCGACACGAUGACUUUCUGGCGCCGCCUGAUCCAGAGAGCUUCCAGCCUCCGUCAUGGAGUAAGUUGAGAACUUUCAAACGCGGUGCCGUUUGCGCGGACGGAGCACCAUGCUCUGUUAUCGGCAAGUCGAUCCUGGAACGGAACGGAUCGGCGGUGGAUGCUGCGCUGGCCGCGCUAAUAUGCAACGGUCUUGUGAAUAUGCAAAGCCUGGGCCUCGGUGGCGGACUUAUGAUGACAAUUUAUCAAAGAUCCACGCGCCAAGCCUUCGUUCUCAACGCAAGGGACCGCGCACCUUUGGCAGCGAAUUCUACGAUGUACGAUGGCAAACCCGCAAAUGCAUCUUCGUUCGGCGCACUGUCAGUCGCCGUGCCCGGUGAACUCGCCGGUUACUGGGAAGCUCAUCAACAGUUUGGUAGAUUGCCAUGGGCGGAUUUGUUCAAGCCGAGCAUCGAGCUCUGCGAAAAGGGCUAUGUCUUGACAUUAGUGCAGUACGACGGCCUUACGUAUAAUAAGAAAAGCAUUUAUAACGAUCCAACUUUGAGAGAACUAUUUGUCGAUCCUGUGACUAACGAGUUCCGUAAACCAGGAUCCGUGAUUAAGCCCCACGCACUUUGCGAAACACUGCGGAUUAUUGCCGAGAGAAAUGUGACUGAAUUUUACAACGGUACGAUUGGACGACUUCUCGUCGAUGAUUUGCAAGAGCAAGGAGGAAUCAUAACGAUGAAGGAUCUCAACGAGUACAGAGUUUCGUGGGAUCAACCGAUACAGACGAAUCUUUCGGGCGGGAUAGAACUCUUGACUACAGGACUGCCCGGUAGCGGAGCUCUUCUCACGUUUAUUCUCAAUGUUUUCGACGAUUACGGUUUCACGCCGGCCAGCAUAGCCGACUUUAACGCGACAAUCCUCACGUAUCAUAGAAUGAUAGAGACGUUCAAGUACGCGUUUGCGUUAAGGACGAAGCUGGGCGACGGAGCUUUCGUCGAUAUGACCGAGAUAACCAGAAACCUGACGUCGAAGAGCUUCGCGCGCGCGAUACGUGAGAAAAUAGACGACACGAAAACGUGGCAGGAUCCUCGGCAUUACGGCUCUCCUGUCUACGCUAAUGUCGAAGACCACGGUACCGCGCACGUAUCGGUGCUGGCACAGAAUGGCGAUGCGGUAUCAGCCACCAGCACCAUCAACUAUUAUUUCGGAAGUGGAAUAGUCAGCAGAAGAACCGGCAUUGUGUUGAAUAACGGCAUGGACGACUUCGGCAUUCCGUCGCAAUUCAAUUACUUCGGUAUGCCGCCAAGCCCCAACAAUUAUAUCGCGCCUAAAAAGCAGCCGUUGUCGUCUAUGGUGCCAUCCGUUCUGGUCGAUCGGCACGGUGACGUAAAGAUGAUCAUGGGUGCCGCCGGUGGUACAAGAAUUACGACGGCGGUGUCGCAAGUGACGGCGAAAAUACUUUGGAUGGGACAGACGGUCAAGGAGGCGGUGGACUCGGCGAGGAUACAUCACCAGCUAUUCCCGCCGAAGGUGUCUUACGAGUACGGGAUCCCUAAGCAAGUCAUCGACGGUCUGAAACGUUUGGGACACGUCACGGAGCGUUACAGGGUUCGCGGCAGCGUAGCCUGCGUCGUACUGUAUGAAAAUUCCACGAUUUUCGCGAACGCCGAUUAUCGCAAAGGCGGCGACGUGUACGGAAUCGAUUGAUUUGCGCACGUGAACCACCUCGUCGAUGAGCCAGCCGUCACCUUGCAGCACAAAAAUUCUGCGAAAGAUAAUGGGCUUUGUUCAAACAGCACCUCGUGUUUAUUAUACCGAUGUACGCGAAUCUUGUUAUCGUUACCGAGAUGUUUACGUUUGAAAGAUCGAUAUGCCAGUAUUAUCGUUCAAUACAACACUUUUACACUUUCUGAUCGCAUGUCCCUGCGUCUCAUUCUUCCUUCCGACAGAUCUAUAUUACCUUGGAUUUAUUAUCUUCCCUUGAAUUCUCUCGUGAUAUUUACAUAUACAAAACGGGCAACAACAAUGUAGGUAUCGAAAACUUUUUUUACUCGUGCAAAUAAUUUACAUAUUCGUAUACGAUUCGAAUUCUCAGCGUAACUGUACUUCGCUCCGUGGACGUGACGCUUAUCGAAAACCACUAGCCUUGCUGCGCUUUUUAUAGACGCGAAGCCUUGAUGACGCAUUGCUGCGAUUUAUUUAUUUCCUGCUUUAAACUACUCCGUAUAAUGUACCUGAUGUUCCACUUCAAUUUUCAUCCUCGCACAUCCUAGUCUCUGCGAAAUUCUUCAAUAAAAUUUUCUAUUGUAAUUUUUUUAAACAGCCUUCUUAAUCAAUAAAAACGAAUUUUGAUAAUA